GAAUUAAGCAAGCUAAGAGUUGUAUUCAUUUGACUGCAAUUCAAUAACUCCAAAUAAUAUUAUUUAGCUUUCGAUUUCCAUAAUAUUAAAUUUAUUUUAAAUAAAUUGAAUUAUCACCAUUAGGAUUGAGUUUAUGAAGAGGUAAAUUAUACUCUAUUUGUGGAGGAAAUGAUGAAGAGGCGAUUGCAAUUACUUUAAGAUAAAUUAUUAUAUGGCAGUUUCGCAAUAGAGAUGAGAGAUAGAGAUUUGAUUGAUUUGAGAAUUUUUAAUUUAAGAAUAAUUUAAAAAAUGAAAUAACGAGAAUUUCCUAAAUUUUAUAAUAUGAUUUCAUCACCAAUAUUAAUGUUAAGGUUUUCACCUAAUAAGAUCAAUAAUUCUUAAUUAUUUUAAAGGUUAAUAAUGCAAGCAGGAUCAAAUCCUAUUGUUGAUGUAGUAAUUAACUCAAAUAAUUAAUAGCAUUUAUUAUUCUCUAAAAUGGUUAAUUUAAACAUUGCUAAAACUGGUUAUGGUGAAUUAGCAAUUAGAGAAUAAUAAUGUGGUAUAUCAAGUUGAUUUUAGAAUUCCAUUCAAAAUGCGAAGCAUGUUUCAAGCUGUGAUAAUCAAUAUUGUUUAACCUGCAUACCUUAUUAACAUUGAGAGGUUUCUGACAAUUUUAAUUGUAAUUGCGAAGAUAAUUAUGGGGAUUUUACUAGGGUGUCAUAAUUCAUGUGGAACAUGUGCAAACUGUAUGAAAAGGAUGCAUGUUUAAAAUGUCCUUCAAGUAGGACAUCUAUUUAAUCAGGUAGUUUCAUUGAAUGCAUAUGUAGUGCAUAAAAUACUGUUGAUGAUGGAUUUACAUUAGAAUGCC